AUGGCGUCUUUGACGCCGGGAGUGCUAUCCAAGCUUCUAGAGAAUGUUGGAAAUAAGGAAGUUAAAGUCGCCGGCGAACAUCGGACGGCGCUUCUACAAGUUAUUGGAAUCGUACCUGCUCUCGUCGGCGGGGAUCCUUGGGAGAGUAGGGGUUUCUACUUAAGGGUAUCCGAUUCUGUUCACUCGGCUUAUGUUGCGAUAUCGGAUGAUGAAACUGAGUUGAUACUCACUGAUAAGAUCCAGCUGGGUCAGUUUAUUUAUGUGGAUAGGUUCGAUCGUGGUCCGGCGGUUCCAGUUCUUAGAGGGAUAAGGCCGGUUUCGAAAAGACGGGCAUGCAUUGGGGAACCUAAGGAUUUGAUUUCUAGUGAUUUGUUGCCGAUUAGGACCCGUGUUUCUGAGAAUGUGACUAGUAGGGCGAAGGGGAUCAAUACUAUGAGAAAAUCGAAUGGAGCUGGUGGGAUGUUGAAACGAGAUUCGGCUGAGGUGAUGGAACCGAGGAGGUUGAGCUUGGAUUCGGCUCGCCGUGGUUGGGACCGGAGCCCCGUGCAUAGGAACUCGGUGGUCGUGCCGGCUGCGUCUGUUUCAAAGACCAAAGAAGAACCUUCGGGUUCUUCGAUCAAGAAAUCAUCAUCAUCUGAGAGAGACUACUCUGUUUCAAAACCUCCAAAUCCGGCGAAUUCACCGGCCAAGACCAGCAAUGGUCCGGCAAAGUUGACAGGCAAACAGGCAAUGGGCAAGAAAAAACCCGACAAUGGGAUUAGUGGGCAUCUUGUUAAGGUGGCUCCUGUUAAUUUCAGGUCUUGGUGUGCUCCGAAAGUGGCAUGGGAUUCACUUCCUCGUACCAUUCGUGAUCAUGGAAAGGAAACCUUGAGACAUAGGAACUCUGCUUUCUUGGCAGCCAUACACGCCCUCACUGAAUCAUCUGCUGCAGAUGCUGUCCUUCGAUGCAUGAGUACAUUUGAUGAACUCUGCGUUGCAUCGAGAAAGGAUCCGCCCGGAUCAGUAGUAGAGCGGUUCUUGAAUCUCCAUCUCGCCAUUGAAAAGUCAGCAACCACAGCCGAUUCCUUACUCAACCGCAAAUUGUCUCUUUCCCAAGCAUGUGAAAACCUCCCUGACAAAAACGCCAUUUCAUGGAUUCAAGCUGCGGUUGAGUCCGAUUUGUCCAAAAUCUCCUUAUACAGAAAGGACGACAAGGGUGUUUCAGAAGGCGAUAACGGUCAUGUUAUCAUACUCGAGAAAGGCGUAAAGAAAGAAACAGCUGGGGAGUCUUCUUCGAAUAAUAAGAGGCAUAAUUCCUCGAUGCUCAAGAAACCGGAGUGCUUGGAGAAGCACGAUUUGUCGAAUGGAAACACCAACAACAAUAAUGCGAUGAAGGAUAUAGCGAAUUUAUCGCAAAAGCUGAUUUUGUCGUCGCGAUCGUGGUUCUUGAGAUAUUUGGAGGAUUUGUUUGGGUCGGGCGAAUCUGGAUUAGAAAUGGGUGGGCUUUUGAUGCAGCUUAGGAAGGUUGAUAAAUGGUUGGAAGGAAUAGUAGGAAAUGAAGAAGAAACAGAUGAGAAAAUUGAGAAAUUGAGGAAGACUUUGUAUGGCCUAUUAUUACAGCAUGUGGAUUCUGCAUCAUUGCAGUAA